AGCGUGCGGGGGAGGCGAAGCGAAGCUAAGCGAGGCGGAUCGGAACGGGGCAGGGAAACGCGGUGUGGCGGUCGGGACGAUGCUGGAGGCGGCGGCCGCGGCCGAGCCCGAGCUGGACCCCGAGGACUUGGUGCACUUCUCGGUGGGCGACCUGCCCAGCCGCGGCUACGGCGUGAUGGGCGAGAUCCGGAGGCAGGGCAAGCUGUGCGACGUGACCCUCAAGGAAGCCAUUCGCCAGCCAGCUCAUCCUGAAAAUAUUCACCUGCUCCCGAAGAAGCACCCAGCAAACCUGAACCAGGAUCACAGGACCUGGGUUGUUCUGUCCCCGUUCCUGCACAGUGUGGCCACUUGUCACAAGCUGGACUGACCUUCCAAAAUGUGUCACCUCAUGCCAGUAACCACAGCAGUUGUAGGAAAAACAGGUACUGCCGUUUGCCUGCAGCGAGAAGUUGAGCUCUUCCUUCAGGACUUGUCAUUAAGCACUGAUGGUACAAACAUAAUGAUGGAUCCUGGACUGGAGAUCCCUGCUCAUAAAUCUCCUCGAGGGCCUUCUAUCAUUGCAUGAGCAAGUGAAAAAAUAAUAAAUAAAACAGGAUUACAUGUCUUCUUUUGCCCAGCACCUCUUGGCUGGUGGCGGUGGCAGCACGCAGCUGGCCCAGCUGUUUGCUGAUGCAGCCACAGAGCUCUCAUCCUCCCUUUCCCCUGCUAAGACAGCAAAAACGAUUCCCUUUUUCACACAGCUUGUUUCUGUUUUAUUUCCCUGACUCACAAAGUCAGCACAAGGGAAGUGUGCUUGGGGAUGCGGGGCUCAGCUCUGUGUGGGCACACGAGGUUUCUCUUGCAGCAAUUAGAACCAGCUCUGAUGAGCUCACAGCCUGCCUUGCUGGUGCAGGGUCAUCCCAGUGUUCUCACUGUUAAAUGGGGCAUUCCACAGGGUGAAACCCUUUGCUUAAACAAGGGUGAAACCCAACCAGGGAACACGCCUGUCCCUGGGAGCUGCCGAGCGGAUGGGUGGUGCUGCCCAGGACAAGGUUUUUCUUCCCUGUGAUGAUACAGCUCUCAUUAACCCAGCUGGAAUCUUGCUGCAUGACUGUGGGGGACCAUAAAUUCAGCGCUCACCGGAUCGUGCUGGCAGCUUCCAUCCCCUACUUCCAUGCCAUGUUCACCAAUGACAUGAUGGAGUGCAAGCAGGAUGAGAUCGUCAUGCAGGGGAUGGACCCCAGUGCACUUGAGGCUCUGAUCAACUUUGCCUACAACGGUCACCUGGCGAUUGAUCAGCAGAACGUGCAGUCUUUGCUGAUGGGAGCCAGCUUCCUGCAGCUGCAGAACAUCAAGGAUGCCUGCUGCACCUUCCUCAGAGAGAGGCUUCACCCAAAGAACUGCCUGGGCGUGCGGCAGUUCGCGGAGACAAUGAUGUGUGCAGUGCUCUAUGAUGCUGCCAACAGCUUCAUUCACCAGCACUUCGUGGAGGUGUCCAUGUCUGAGGAGUUCCUGGCACUGCCUUUUGAGGACGUCCUGGAGCUCGUUUCUCGGGAUGAGCUCAAUGUGAAGUCUGAAGAGCAGGUGUUUGAAGCUGCACUAGCAUGGAUACGCUAUGAACGAGACCAGAGGGAGCUGUUCCUGCCUGAGCUCCUCUCCAAAAUCCGCCUGCCCCUUUGCCGGCCUCAGUUCCUCACUGACAGAGUGCAACAAGACGACCUGGUGCGCUGCUGCCACAAAUGCAGAGAUCUGGUGGAUGAAGCAAAAGAUUAUCACCUCAUGCCAGAGCGUCGACCGCACCUCCCAGCAUUCAAGACCCGUCCUCGGUGCUGUACAUCAAUUGCAGGACUGAUCUAUGCUGUUGGAGGACUUAACUCAGCAGCAAAUUUUUAUGCAGGCGACUCUCUGAACGUGGUGGAAGUCUUUGACCCCAUUGCCAACCGCUGGGAGAAGUGCCAGCCGAUGACGACGGCGCGGAGCCGUGUCGGUGUGGCCGUGGUGAAUGGGCUGCUCUACGCCAUCGGGGGGUACGAUGGGCAGCUGAGGCUGAGCACGGUGGAGGUGUACAACCCUGAGAUGGAUUCCUGGUCCAAAGUGGAAAGCAUGAACAGCAAACGAAGUGCGAUGGGGACGGUGGUGCUGGAUGGGCAGAUCUACGUUUGCGGUGGAUACGAUGGAAACUCCUCGCUCAACUCCGUGGAGUCCUAUUCUCCAGAAACAAACAAGUGGACAGUGGUGACCCCCAUGAGCUCCAACCGCAGCGCUGCUGGUGUCACUGUGUUCGAGGGCAGGAUCUACGUGUCGGGAGGGCACGACGGCCUGCAGAUCUUCAACAGUGUGGAGUACUACAACCAGCACACGGCCACCUGGCACCCGGUGGCCAGCAUGCUCAACAAGCGCUGCCGCCACGGGGCGGCCUCCCUGGGCAGCAAGAUGUUUGUCUGCGGGGGUUACGACGGCUCUGCCUUCCUCAGCAUCGCCGAAGUGUACAGCUCUGUGGCAGACCAGUGGUAUCUGAUCGUCCCCAUGAACACCCGCAGGAGCCGAGUGUCCCUGGUUGCAAACUGUGGCCGCCUCUACGCCGUUGGGGGCUAUGAUGGACAGUCCAACCUCAGCUCGGUUGAGAUGUACGACCCGGAGACCAACCGUUGGACGUUCAUGGCUCCGAUGGUGUGCCACGAAGGGGGGGUUGGCGUGGGCUGCAUCCCUCUGCUGACCAUCUGAGGAGGCAGCAGUGAGGAGCCGUCUCGUAACCGACAAUCGUGGGAGAGCUCCAGCUCUGAUAGCCCGCUCUGAUAGCCAGAGAGAUCCAUCUCCAGGUGCUCAAACACACACAAAACUUGACACGACCACCCCCACCCUUGGCUCUUGGGCUGAGGCUCCGGAAGGAUCAACGUUAUUCGAACUACAGUGCGAGUGUGAAUGUGCUGCUAUGAGCAAGGAGCUGCCCUCCUCCCGCUUUUGCCUCUGCGCAGACCCACAGCUGAGCAAAUCCUUCCUCUCCCCAACAGCACCGUGCCACGUUGGCUGUGCUUUGGCCAACGCUGGGAAGUGUUGUUGUGCGUUGGGAGGGAACAGUCCCCAUUGCGACACAGGCCACUACCAUGACUUGAAGAACACUUGCACACCUUCUGUCAGCAGCAAGGACCCCAGGAGCCCAAGAGUUUGAUCAGCAGUGGUCUUGUUUGGGUUGUUUCAGCUUAAUGCUGGCCACGUUGAGAUCUUACCCAGUCUACCAAAGCAGGCAGAACCCACCAGCAUAGGCCCAUAAGACCAUAUCCAGGCUCUGCGUGUUCGGGUGCUUCUUGCACAAGCCACUGCUAUCUUCUCCAAGUGCUUUCUUCAGCUCUGAUGGGGAAAAUUUCUCCACAAGAGCCACAGGAUGGAGAAACUGGGAGGAGAAAAAGUCGGUUAAACCAUCGGAGCGUUUUAGCAAACGUUGGAGGAAGAAUGCCAAAUGUCAACCACACCAAGCAACAGCCUUAGGAUUUCAACAGAGGAGGCGAACCAAGGUGUUAAUUGUCAGGAUACCCCUUCACCGUCAAUAGGUGUCACCAAAAAUAAGCUUUGGCUUUGCUACGUUGGUAUGUAAGAGGCAGCUGAUGCAGGGUGGCUGGGAUCUUUAAGGAGGAGAGGGAUCACUGCCUUUGUGCCAGCACUGGAGAUGUGUGGCUGUGUUGGGGCAGCUGCAAUUCAGCUCCGAGGAGCAGAGGAACAUGCAGCAGCAUCCCUGCAAGGGGCUGGUGGGAAACCACACUUGCCCAGCAUGUGUGACAUCAACGUCUCGGGGUUUGUGUGCUGGGAAAGGCCUUGGCAAUGUGCUUAUUUCAUGGCAGCCACGCAAGGGAACUUCCUGUGGCCAAACCGUGGCAGGGCUGCAGGUGCUGCCCCGCGUCCCUGCUUGUCCCGUUGGCACAGCAGUGUGCUCAGCAUCACUUCCAGCCCUCCCUUUGCUAUGUUCACCCCAACCCACUGCAGCCAAAGGGAGCUGCUGCUGCUGCCUUGGUCCUCUCCAGAACCAAACCCGCCAAGCACCGCUUGCCUGUGUCAGCCCUCCGGCAUUCCCCUGCAUGAAUGUGAAUGGUGAGAGCCACGGCUCCCUGCCCACCAGCACAGCCACAGGGCAGGGAGCCCCUCAACACUACACCCACCGCAGGCAGUGGGGGCUCACUGCUGCCCUGUGUUUCCAGGAGCUUUGGUGUCCCCCCCCCCACCCAAACCCACGCUUCUCCUUCACAGCUGACUCCCAGCUCGGGAUUUGAACUUUGGGUGUAUAUGUGGAUGUCUAUAUAUUCAGGUACUGUGUAUAUUUUAGGUAUAUAUAAGGAGCAUAUCUGGCUAUAAAUGUGGUUUGUCAGUAUGUAUUUCCUCUGUACACAUACGUCGCUGGAUGGGUUCACUUGGUGGAUUCAUUGUGAGGUUUCCGUGCUGCUAAGACACUUUAAAAAGGAAAAAACAAAACAAAACAUGAGUAUUGCAAUGGAAAUGAA